GAUAAACCCCAUUUGCUAAAGAUUACUGGUUAUAAACCCCAAUUCUGAACUCCAUUUGAUCUCGGACACCCUCUCCAGCGCCGACUGCCUGACCACCUUAUUCCUUCCUGAGAUGCGACAAGUGAUCUUGCAGUUGUAGGUUCAGAGUGAGGAAAGGAGAUGCUUAGGGCUCACUUCCGUUGUAUGAAAUUGGCUUCAGAAUUGAGCAGCAUUUCUAGAUUAUACACAUCAGAUGCAGUAGCUAAAGAUUUAUCUGAUGAUUCAUUUAAAAAAAUUUGUAGAAUUAUGAUAUCAUGUCCUAAAGUAGGACUUGAUGUUAGGCUCGAUCAUAGUGGAGUUGGUGCCUCGCCUGAGAUAGUUGAGGAUGUUCUCAAGAGGUUUGAAAACGCAGGUAUGAUAUCUUAUCGCUUCUUUGAAUGGGCUGGCAAGCAACGUAAUUACACACAUAGUAUUUUAGCCUAUCACACAAUGAUCGGGUCUUUGGCCAAAAUAAGACAAUUUGAGAUAAUGUGGGAUCUUGUUAGCACUAUGAGGAACAAGGGGAUGCUAAGUGUUGAUACAUUUUGCAUCAUCAUGAGAAAGUAUGCUAGAAUGCAGAAGGUAGACGAGGCGCUCUAUACAUUCAAUGUUAUGGAAAAAUAUGGCAUUUCCCCAAAUCUUGCUGCUUUUAAUGGACUCUUAAGUGCUCUAUGCAAGUCUAAGAAUGUCAGGAAGGCUCAAGAGAUCUUUGAUAAAAUGAAAGAACAUUUUGUUCCUGACUCAAAAAGUUAUAGCAUAUUGCUUGAAGGUUGGGGACGGGAACCUAAUCUUCCCAAGGCAAGGGAGACUUUCAAACAAAUGGUUCAUGUAGGUUGCUAUCCUGAUAUAGUGACAUAUGGUAUAAUGAUUGAUGUCCUUUGUAAAGCUGGGAGAAUUGAUGAAGCUUUUGAGGUUCUCAGGAGCAUGGAUGCUAAUGGUUGUAGACCAACAUCUUUUAUUUACAGUAUAUUAGUUCAUACCUAUGGCAUGGAGAAUCGAAUUGAAGAUGCCAUAAAUACAUUUAUGGACAUGGCCAAAAAUAAUGUGGAGGCCGAUGUAGCUGUGUACAAUGCUCUAAUUAGUGCAUUUUGUAAAGUAAAUAAAUUCAAAAAUGUAUUUCGGGUCUUAAGAGAGAUGGAUGGUAAAGGGAUCUUACCUAAUGCGAGGACUUGCAAUAUUAUUCUGAACAGUUUGAUUGGGCAGGGACAAACUGAUGAAGCUUUGAAGGUCUUUAGAAAGAUGAUUAAAGUAUGUGAGCCUGACGCUGACACAUAUACAAUGAUGAUAAAGAUGUUCUUUGAGAAAGAUCAGUUGGAAAUGGCUUUGAAGGUGUGGAAGUACAUGAUGUCAAAAAGGUUUGUACCAAGCAUGCAUACAUAUUCUGUUCUUAUUAAUGGCUUGUGUGAGAAGGGUGAGGUGAGUGAUGCAUGUGUAUACAUGGAAGAAAUGAUUGAAAAGGGGAUUCAUCCUCCAGUUCUGACCUUCCAUAAGCUGAGGAAUUUGCUUUUAAAAGAACAGAGACAAGAUGUCCUUUUAUUUCUUCAGGAGAAGAUGAGUCUUUUAGUUAAGGAACCUUUGUGUGAUUGAGGAAAUACUAAGCCCAAACAUGUUCGCAAAGAGUGAUAUAGGUCGAGUCAGAAGCAUCUCCUGCUUAUUGCCCUUUUGAUACAGGUGGCUAUAAUGUAGAGAGAGCCACAAAGGCACGGACGCUAACACGAUUCAAUCGUAGGUUUUAUGCAUCCUAUCAACACGACCAACGCUAACUUAUUGCAAGAAUGUUGGUCGUUGGUGCCAUCCUCACAUCCUCUUUUUACAUAACAAGUUGGCGCUGUGGAGCAAGGUCAAGUAAUAUAUUUACAGUUAAAGUUCGUGGAUAUCUUCAAUUAAAGUUAACAAAUGGUAACUGGGAAGCCAUACAAAGUUUUUGGGAAAAGAAGAAACAUCACUUGCCCACGAAACAUGGUAAUCAUGACAAAAUAUUAUUAUUAUUAUUAUUAUUAUCGAUAACAAUGUUCAUACGACCAUACCAACUUAUGCCCAAGCAUUCCCAAAUGAUUGCAUGUAUUUUGUACUCAUCACAUUCUUUCAACCUCUUCCCAAGUCUGAAGAUUAGAAGGUUUGGCUUUAUUUAUGAAGAUUUUUGUUUACAUUUCAACUUUGAGAUUUUGGAACAACUUCAUGAUUGAUCACUAAAAUACGUUGAUCUAUCAUCAACAAAGUUGUGCCAAGAAAACACCCAUUUACUUGUAAAUUUCUCAUUUGAAGGUAAAAUGAUAUUAAAUAUACCUUUUAGCUAGACCUUCACGAUUGCCACCAUCCCCAAUAGUGAUAUGCACAGCGCCACACUUGUUGAUUUUUCCAUCAUAUACUCGAUCCUGUUCAUUGAUUUAGUUUGAUAAAUGCAAACAUUAUUAGAGAUGAAAAGCUUAACAUCUCAUGGUUCAUGAUCAAUGAUGAUGAUGAUGAAGUAUUGGGAUCAUGUAGCAUUUAUGUUAAAUAGCGAAGAAUAGUAUAUUAUAAUAGAACAUCACGAAAACUAGGAGAUGUGAACUUGACUUACAAAGCGCUCAUAAGCGUGCACAUGACCAGUAAAAACUACAUCAACUUUUGCAUCAUAGAGUAAU